CGCAGUCAGCAUCUGGAACCUGUCCUCAAAAGCAAAGCUACUCCCUCAAACUUGAUGCCAAAGAUGGGAGGAUCUACAAUGAACAGAAUUUCUUCCAGCGAGCUGCAAAGGCAGGCACAGUGGAGAAGUGGAAGAAGUGGCAUUCCGUGCCUCUGCUGGGCAUCCCCAACUGUGUUGGCUUUGGACUGCAUGCAGACAGCUACAGGUUUUUGGUGUUCUCAGAUUUGGGGCGAUCUCUUCAGUCAGUCCUGAGCGAUGGCCUGCACCUGCUGAGGGAGAAGGCAGCUUUUCAGAUUGCAGUUCGUGUGCUAGACUGCCUGGAGUACAUUCAUGAGAAUGAGUAUGUGCAUGGGGACAUCACUGCUGAGAACAUCUAUCUGAACCCAGCAGACCUCACACAGGUGACCCUGGCUGGCUACGGCUUCGCCUUCCGCUACUGCCCCGGGGGGAAGCACGUGGCUCUGCGCGAGGGCAGCAGGACCCCUCACGAGGGCACGCUGGAGUUCAUCAGCCUGGACAGCCACAAGGGCACAGGACCAUCUCGACGGAGUGACUUGGAAUCUCUGGGCUACUGUCUUCUGAAAUGGCUCUGUGGCACUUUGCCUUGGUCUGAUGAGCUGGACAAAGUAAAAGCUGUGAUGGAACAAAAAGAAAGGUACAGAAAGGAUGUGAGAUGCCUUCUCCAGCUGUGCUUCAGGCAGAGAUCCAUUCCAGAUGCCCUGCAGAACUACCUGGAGCAGGUGCUGGCCCUGCAGUACGAGGACAGGCCUGACUACGCGGCCUUGCGGCAGCUCCUGAGGCAGCCACUGGAAAAGAUGAGAGCUUCGGCUUAUGACUGUGUGGAUGUGCCAGUGGUGCCCUGAGAUCAAGGAAGAGUUCAGAGCUUUUUGCAGUGAGGCCUUUCCCAAAUAUAUUUUCACUUUUACCAGUUUUUAGAAUGAGAGGUUUUUGUGUUUUCUUCUCCUGUUAUUGUGACCCAGUGCUGAAGUUUGAGCUGCUGCUGUACCAAAUUAAUGUGAAGAGACUCCUGCGUGGCAGAUCAGGGGAAGCAGCAGCUGGAGAACUGCAGUGAAGCCACCAUGAGCCAGGAAACUAAAUCAGGGAUUUUCUCUUUUGAAUGAGAGUGGCAGUACAUGGUUUUGUAAUAAACUUUGAGGACAACUA